UCUCUCUGUGUCUCUCUCUGUGUCUCUGUGUCCGCGGGCAGCGGCUCAGGCGAGGGGGCCGGGCGGGGGGCUGCGUCGCUACGUCUGCAACAGUCAGACUGGGAGAAACCCACCCACCAUCAUCUCCUCAUCUUCACCCGGCAACGCGGUCCCACCCGGCGCCUCCCCGCCCCCUCCUCUCCUCUCCUCUCCUCUCCUCCCCAAUCCAACCCCAUUCCGAGUGAUGAGGAUUGAGGAGGCGCUCGGGCGGCGGAGAGCGGCUGGGAGCCGGGCUGACUGCGGACAGAGAAACACCGGCAUGGCCAGGAGCGAAGACCCCGGGCUCAGACCCGGACUGGCUCUGCUCGCUUGCGCCUUCUCCAUCCAGUUCCUGGCAGCCGCCGUGACCGGAUCAGAUGUUUCUGUGUCACCUUCCCCUGCUGACGAGACCACGUCUGCCGCGCUAGUCGCUCAGAGCUCCCCAGUCCUCACCGGUUCCCCGACUCCAGAGGCCCAGACAGUCGUGCAGCAUGUUCCCCGUCUUAAGGAUCUCCUGAAUGCUUCCACUGCCCCCAGCACCUCCGCCUGGCCAACUCCAGGAGAGCCGCAGACUCCGAUGGGUGGAUUGCAGGCGAGGUCAGUGGAAGGGCAGGCUCACGGAGAGGAACAGGAUUCUGGCGCUCGCAUCAGUGCGGUGGACUGGGAGUUGGGAACGAACGGCAGUCAGUCUGCGUCGGAGUUACUGGGCACCUCCCCUCGCCCGAUCGAGGAGCCCGCGGACUGCCCAGGCUGCCGGAAGACUGAGGGCAUCUCAGAAGAAGAGCCGCUCACCCUGGCCAACCCUUCGAACAGCUUGGGCCUGAUUAAAGGUGUUGAGGGAAGUGGAGAGACCUUCGGCCUCAUGAGAGGGACCACCAUGCUGAAAGGGAACCAGGAUGCCAAGCUGGUCAGCUUUGAAGAGGCUACCGACCUCCCAGCCCAGGGCAUGGAAGGAAGCACUGACUAUGCACAGGUGGACCUGGAGAUGCAUCUGUGGUCUGAGCUGAGCACCAUCCCUGCCCAUCUCCCCCUUACAACAAGUGAGCCUUCCGAUUUACCCACAGAUUAUGAUGCCACAGUUGGCACUUCUGAUAAAUUUGCCACGCUUGAAGAUCCAGAUGUGUCCAUUACAUCAUUCAACAUGGACUCCACAAAAGAGUUUUUGCCAGGACUUCCUGCCCUGACUCCUUCACCUGAUGGUGGCGUUUCUGGCGUUGAACUGGCCACAUUACAUUUUUGGGAUGAAAUGGCCAGUGAGAAGGAACUUCGACUGACCACAGUCUCUCCCAAGGUACAGACCAUGCUAGUGAGGAAGGAAGAUGUCACCAGGCAAACGGCGUCCAACCUGGACUUCAUUUCAGAAUCCUACCUCACCGUCUUCACUGACACCUCUGACUCGGAGACCAGACCAGACAUUAGUCUGUCACCACUUUUCUUUGGCGAAGGCAGGAUGGAGUGCCAACUGGGGUAUCUGAAGCAGAAUAAGUCCUGCAAGUCCAUCUGCGACAUGGCCCCAAAUUACUGCUUCAAUGGCGGGCAAUGCUACGUCAUGGAAAAUGUUGGAGCUAUCUGCAGAUGCAAUGCCCAGGACUACAUCUGGCACAAAGGGAUCCGGUGUGAAUUUAUCAUCACAGAGUUCCAGGUGAUGUGUAUUGCGAUUGGUUCAACAGCUGCGGUGAUGCUACUUCUAUUCAUGCUCACCGUCUUCUUCGCAAAGAAGGUUUACUCUUUAAAAACUGAAAAUAAAAAGCUUCGGAAAAGGAGCAAAUACAGGCCUCAGCUGGAACAACACAAUGACAAUUUUUCUCUCUCCACCAUUGCCGAAGGCUCCCAGGCAAAUGACGACGUGAACGGACAGAAUAAAAUCCACGAGUCAGUGAAAACCUGCCCGAAAGACGACGAGUCAUUGAACGUGCAGAACAAUUGGACGCCAAAGCACGACAACAAGGACAGCGCGAACGCCGAGGUAAACUCGCUGCAGAACAACAUGAUCUAAACCCACGGCUAACAAUCGUCUGGUGGUGGUUUUUUUAAAUAUAUAUAUUUUACAUUUGUUUCGUCCCCGCCUUAUGGAACGCCUAGCAUGCUUUGAUGUAUUUUAUAUGGAUAUAUAUAUGUAAAGAGAGAUAACUACAAGAAACACCCUUCUUGGCAAAAAAAAAAUAAUACAUAAAACACCAAAACAAAACAAACCUGAACCGUGACUCCCCUUCCUUGGCUUCAACUGAACCAUACCAUGCGUUGCAUUUCAAUGAUGUGAUUUACAUUCGUUUUUUCUUGUCCUGGGUCUUUGGAAAAAAAAAAAAUCGCGCCCGUGUUUUGUUGUUUGAUCCGAGAGUCAGAAAUGGAAAAAUUGUCAUAAUUGAAAUAAAUCUUUUUUGAAUUUAACGGCGCUGAGCACGUGAGUGUGA